CUCCAAAGCCAACUACAGAGUGCCCGGGGUGUUCGAGGAGCCGGCCAACCAGCUCCCCGCUGUAGCCUGCUUGUCCCUCUCCGGGAACAGCCCCGGGAGAGGCGCGUGCGGAGAUAGACGUCCGGAUCUCGCAUCCGUGACUGUUGCCGGCGCAUUUCCUCGAAGUCUUACCUCGAAGGGCUGGGUCCCACCCGCGCGCCCUGUGCGUGUCUCCCUGUUUCCCCAUGCCCUCUUUGCCUGGCUGCUGCGAGGCUUUGCAGGCGAAGGACAGGUGCGGCGUUCGCCCCCAGCCCUUGUCACUGGAAAACCCUGGGAACCUCCCCGACGCAGUGCAUUUCCCGGAAACCCCCUCUCCAAGCAGGUUGCGAGAAGGCCCGGACUCUGAGUGCAGACGACCCGGAGCCUCCCAAGAGGAGGGUCGGGGUACCCAGCGGAGGAGCAAACCUACCAGGGAAAGGAGAACCCAGAGCUUGGUGAUGGACAAAUUGGGAAGCCAUCCCGUCCCCUUCAAUCUUGGGAUGGGGAAUUCACAACUGAAGCCCGAGCUCUAGACUUGGGGCGGGCUCCCAGCUUGGCCCAGGAGAUUUAAGGGCGCAGGAGUGAGGACACCUCUCACCCCAGCCCCAAAGGUCUAGCGAGGGUCUAACCCCGGCCCCUAGCCAGGCCCGCCCCCCGCCCCCUCCCAGCCCCCGGCCCUUGCGUGGCUGCCCCUUUAAGAAGCCCAGGUAGGCAGGCCCGGCUGCGGGAGCCGCUCCUAUGGCAACCCGCGAGCUGCGGCGGCUUCAUGAAUAUUCCGGGGCGCGGGAGCCCGAGCGCUGCCGGAGGGCGCUCCGAGGGAGGCGACCGCUGAUGUAAGCCCGGCGGGUCGCUGGGCUCCGCUCCGCUGCGGCGGUAGCCCCAGCACUGACCGGACGGGCCGGGGCGGAGGACGCGAGGCGAGCUCCCGGGUGGCCGGCCACAAAGCUCGGGCGGCGAGACAGACGGACGGCCAGCUCUCCCGCGGGACGCACACGCGGGAGCCGCGCGGGCUGUGCGCUCUGCGCUCCGGAGAGGUUCCCCGAGCGCCGCGGCCGCAGCGCCUCUCCAGCCGGCGCCCAUUGUUCCCCGCGGGGGCGGGGCGCCUGGAGCCGGGCCGCGCGCCGCGCCCCUGAACGCGAGAGGGAGGGAGGGAGAAAGGGAAGGAGGGAACGCGGGGUCCCCGCGCCCAGCCCGGCCGGGGAGGAGGCGCAGCGCGGCGAGUCCGGGGACUCGGAGCGGGACUGGGAGCCUCCCCGCGGCGCGCAGCCUGCCGGAGAAUGGGCGCCUGAGGCGGCCCCGCGCCGGCGGCGAAGGACGCGUCCCCACGGGCGGACUGACCGGCGGGCGGACCUGGAUCCCGUCCGCGGCGCCGCGCCCCUGCCCCCGGCCCGGCCCAGGUCCCGGCCCCUGGCGCCAUGGACAAGCUGCCGCCGUCCAUGCGCAAGCGACUCUACAGCCUCCCGCAGCAGGUGGGGGCCAAGGCGUGGAUCAUGGACGAAGAAGAGGACGCCGAGGAGGAGGGGGCCGGGGGCCGCCAAGACCCCAGCCGCAGGAGCAUCCGGCUGCGGCCGCUGCCCUCGCCCUCACCCUCGGCGGCCGCGGGGGGCACGGAGUCCCGGAGCUCGGCCCUCGGGUCAGCGGACAGCGAAGGGCCGGCCCGCGGCACGGGCAAGUCCAGCACGAACGGCGACUGCAGGCGCUUCCGCGGGAGCCUGGCCUCGCUGGGCAGCCGGGGCGGCGGCGGCGGCGGCGGCACGGGGAGCGGCAGCAGUCACGGACACCUGCAUGACUCCGCGGAGGAGCGGCGGCUCAUCGCCGAGGGCGACGCGUCCCCCGGCGAGGACAGGACGCCCCCAGGCCUGGCGGCCGAGCCGGAGCGCCCUGGCGCCUCGGUGCAGUCCGCAGCCUCGCCGCCGCCGCCCCAGCAGCCACCGCAGCCGGCCUCCGCCUCCUGCGAGCAGACCUCCGCGGACACCACUAUCAAAGUGGAGGGAGGCGCGGCCGCCGGCGACCAAAUCCUCCCGGAGGCCGAGGUGCGCCUGGGUCAGGCCGGCUUCAUGCAGCGCCAGUUCGGGGCCAUGCUCCAACCCGGGGUCAACAAAUUCUCCCUAAGGAUGUUCGGCAGCCAGAAAGCUGUGGAGCGAGAGCAGGAGAGGGUCAAGUCGGCGGGAUUUUGGAUUAUCCACCCCUACAGUGACUUCAGAUUUUACUGGGACCUGACCAUGCUGCUCCUGAUGGUGGGAAACCUGAUCAUCAUUCCUGUGGGCAUCACAUUCUUCAAGGAUGAGAACACCACACCCUGGAUUGUCUUCAAUGUGGUGUCAGAUACAUUCUUCCUCAUCGACUUGGUCCUCAACUUCCGCACAGGGAUCGUGGUGGAGGACAACACAGAGAUCAUCCUGGACCCACAGCGGAUUAAGAUGAAGUACCUGAAAAGCUGGUUCAUGGUAGAUUUCAUUUCCUCUAUCCCUGUGGACUACAUCUUCCUCAUCGUGGAGACACGCAUCGACUCCGAGGUCUACAAGACUGCCCGGGCCCUGCGCAUCGUCCGCUUCACGAAGAUCCUCAGCCUCUUACGUCUCUUACGCCUCUCCCGCCUCAUUCGAUAUAUUCACCAGUGGGAAGAGAUCUUCCACAUGACGUACGACCUGGCCAGUGCCGUGGUGCGCAUUGUGAACCUCAUCGGCAUGAUGCUUCUGCUCUGCCACUGGGAUGGCUGCCUGCAGUUCCUGGUGCCCAUGCUGCAGGACUUCCCUGACGACUGCUGGGUGUCCAUCAACAACAUGGUGAACAACUCCUGGGGGAAGCAGUACUCCUACGCGCUCUUCAAGGCCAUGAGUCACAUGCUCUGCAUCGGCUAUGGGCGACAGGCGCCAGUGGGCAUGUCCGACGUCUGGCUCACCAUGCUCAGCAUGAUCGUGGGUGCCACCUGCUACGCCAUGUUCAUUGGCCACGCCACCGCCCUUAUCCAGUCCCUGGACUCCUCCCGGCGCCAAUACCAGGAAAAGUAUAAGCAGGUGGAGCAGUACAUGUCCUUCCACAAACUCCCGCCUGACACCCGGCAGCGCAUCCAUGACUACUAUGAGCACCGCUACCAGGGCAAGAUGUUCGAUGAGGAGAGCAUCCUGGGCGAGCUGAGCGAGCCCCUGCGGGAGGAAAUCAUCAACUUUAACUGCCGGAAGCUAGUGGCCUCCAUGCCACUGUUUGCCAACGCGGACCCCAACUUUGUGACAUCCAUGCUGACCAAGCUGCGUUUCGAGGUCUUCCAGCCUGGGGACUAUAUCAUCCGGGAAGGCACCAUCGGCAAGAAGAUGUACUUCAUCCAGCACGGUGUGGUCAGCGUGCUCACCAAGGGCAACAAGGAGACCAAGCUGGCCGACGGCUCCUACUUUGGAGAGAUCUGCCUGCUGACCCGGGGCCGGCGCACAGCCAGUGUGAGGGCCGAUACCUACUGCCGCCUCUACUCGCUGAGUGUGGACAACUUCAACGAGGUGCUGGAGGAGUACCCCAUGAUGCGAAGGGCCUUCGAGACUGUGGCGCUGGACCGCCUGGACCGCAUCGGCAAGAAGAACUCCAUCCUCCUCCACAAAGUCCAGCAUGACCUCAACUCUGGCGUGUUCAACUACCAGGAGAACGAGAUCAUCCAGCAGAUUGUGCAACAUGACCGGGAGAUGGCCCACUGCGCGCACCGCGUCCAGGCCGCAGCCUCUGCCACCCCGACCCCCACGCCUGUCAUCUGGACCCCGCUGAUCCAGGCACCACUGCAGGCUGCCGCUGCCACCACUUCUGUGGCCAUCGCCCUCACCCACCACCCUCGCCUGCCUGCUGCCAUCUUCCGUCCUCCCCCAGGACCUGGGCUGGGCAACCUCGGCGCUGGGCAGACGCCAAGGCAUCUGAAGCGGCUGCAGUCCCUGAUCCCUUCUGUGCUGGGCUCCGCCUCGCCCGCCAGCAGCCCAUCCCAGGUGGACACGCCAUCUUCAUCCUCCUUCCACAUCCAACAGCUGGCUGGAUUCUCUGCCCCCGCCGGACUGAGCCCACUCCUGCCCUCAUCCAGCUCCUCCCCACCCCCCGGGGCCUGUGGCUCCCCCUCCGCUCCCACACCAUCAGCCGCUGCAGCCGCCACCACCACAGCUGGGUUUGGCCACUUCCACAAGGCGCUGGGUGGCUCCCUGUCCUCCUCUGACUCCCCCCUGCUCACCCCGCUGCAGCCAGGUGCCCGCUCCCCACAGGCUGCCCAGCCACCUCCUGCACUGCCCGGGGCCCGGGGAGGCCUGGGACUCCCGGAGCACUUCCUGCCACCCCCACCCUCCUCCAGGUCCCCAUCAUCUAGCCCUGGGCAGCUGGGCCAGCCUCCAGGGGACUUAUCCCCUGGUCUGGCCGCUGGUCUACCAAGCACACCAGAGACACCCCCACGGCAGCCUGAGCCACCAUCUCUUGUGGCAGGGGCCUCUGGGGGCGCUUCCCCUAUAGCGUUUACUUCCCGAGGAGGUCUCAGCUCCCCUGGCCACAGCCCAGGCCCCCCAAGAACUUUCCCGAGUGCCCCACCCCGGGCCUCUGGCUCCCACGGCUCCUUGCUCCUGCCACCCGCAUCCAGCCCUCCACCACCCCAGGUCCCCCAGCGCCGGGGCACGCCCCCUCUCACCCCUGGCCGCCUCACCCAGGACCUCAAGCUCAUCUCCGCAUCUCAGCCAGCCCUGCCUCAGGAUGGGGCGCAGACUCUCCGCAGAGCCUCCCCGCACUCCUCAGGGGAGUCUGUGGCUGCCUUCACGCUCUUCCCCAGGGCCGGGGGCAGCAGCGGGGGCAGUGGGAGCAGCGGGGGCCUCGGUCCCCUCGGGAGGCCCUAUGGUGCCAUCCCUGGCCAGCACGUCACUCUGCCUCGGAAGACAUCCUCAGGUUCUUUGCCACCCCCUCUGUCUUUGUUUGGGGCAAGAGCCACCUCUUCUGGGGGGCCCCCUCUGACUGCUGGACCCCAGAGGGAACCUGGGGCCAGGCCUGAGCCAGUGCGCUCCAAACUGCCGUCUAAUCUGUGAUCUGGGCCCUUCCCUCUUCUCUCUUCUCUCCCUUCUUUCUUCCUUCAGGUUUAACUGUGAUUAGGAGAUACACCAAUAACAGUAAUAAUUAGCGUUUAAAAACCACACACACCAGAAAAACAAAAGACAGCAGAAAAUAACCAGGUAUUCUUAGAGCUAUAGAUUUUUGGUCACUUGCUUUUAUAGACUAUUUUAAUACUCAGCACUAGAGGGAGGGAGGGGGGAGGGAGGAGGGAGGGAGCAGGCAGAUCCCAAACGCAAAAGCCAGAGGAAGGCAGAUGGGGUCUCUGGGGCCGGGCAGGGGUGGGGGAGGCUGGUGUUGGGGGUUCCUAGAGCAGAUGUGUCAUUGUGUUCAUUUAGAGGAACAGCUGCCAUCAGCCCCUAAGCCGUGACUUGGAGCUCCACUCUGCCCCCAGGAAGGGGCUGCCCCGGGGCCUGCCCGGGGGAGCCUCAGAUGCCUGCAACCUUGGGAGAAAAGGGCCAGGGCCCUGAGGGCCUAGCGUUUUUUCUACUGUAAACGUAGCAAGAUCUGUAUAUGAAUAUGCAUAUGUAUAUGUAUGUAAGAUGUGUAUAUGUAUAGCUAUGUAGCGCUCUGUAGAGCGGUGUAGAUAGCCACUCAACGUGCGCACACCUGUGUGCAAUCUAGUUUAACCCCAUGUUGCCAGGAAGCCCAGGUCACCUUACAUCCAGCAACCCACCUUGGCCCACAGGCUGCGCACUGCAUGGUCUAGGGACAUUCUCUCUCCAGUCCUCAGGGAAGAGGACCCCCAGGACUUCGCAGCAGGCCCCUUCUCUCCCCACCUCUGGUCUCAAAUCCAGUCCCAGCCUGACUGCUCACCGUGUGGAAGUGGAAGACUCUCCUUUCCUAGGGCCUCAAGCACAUCCCGCCACCUCUGGGGUGUCAGUUUUCCCAUCUGCACGGUGGGAGGUGAGGGGAGCUUCUGUUUAUCGAGUCUCCUCUGUGCCAAGCACUGGUUUCGCACUUUAGACACAUUAACUCCUUCAGUUUCGUAAAGACCAUGGGGGGGGGGGUACUUGGAUUCUCCCCGUUUAGCCGAUGAAGAGAGCAUUUCGGGUAAUUUUUCCAGAAUCAUGUAACUAGGAGUGGCAGAGUGGGGACUGAUUUGAGGUUCAAAUCGACACCUGCCUGUGGCCCAAGUCUGCGUUCCUUCCAACGGAAAACUGUGUUGAGGGGGGCUGAGGUAGAAGGUCCCCCAAGCAUGGUGCAGAAGGAAGAGCCCAGAUUUUAGCAGCAGUCAGGCCUGGGUUCAGACCCCAGCCCUGCCACUUCUUAGCUGUGUGACCUUGGGCAAGUUAUCUGAGCUUUCUGUCACCUCAUUUGUAAAAUGGAAAUGAUUAUGGUACCGCCACACAAGGACCUAUGAGGACCAGAUGAAAAAAAUCUAUAUGUGAAAUGCCCAGCCUAGCGCCUGGCACAUACCAUGGUAGGUGCUCAAUGAAUCACAUUUCUUCUGCCCCUCAUAUGCCCAGCCUAUUGCUCCAGUGAGCUACGUGAGAGCCCAGGGAGCUUUGGCUGAGGGCUUCAAGACUUAAAAUCUCAGGACUCAGGAGGUGGCUGGGCCUCCCUAAGGGCCCAAGGAAGAUGUGUGGAUGGAGGUGGGUGGGAGCCAGGCCUUGAGAUGUGGGAACAGGGAGAGAGGGAGGGAGCAGUGGGCAGCACGGAGUGUGUAGCGGGUAUAUUCCUGAGGUGGUUGUAGGGUGGUGGGUCAGGGCUUUGGGAGGGGAUCCACAGGCUGAGGGAUCAGAGGGACGGCCUUGGAUGACAGACUAAGGGAUUGACUGGGCUUGGUUCUGCCAACUAGGAACCAUAAGCAGGUUCCAGAUUUCGGGAAUGAGAACGCAGCUCAGAUGCCCUUGGAGGCACUCUCCCUCUCCCAAAUGGGAUCCUGCCAGAGCCAAGGUCAGGGGUCUGCCCCCUGCUUAUAGGGCCAGAGCAGGUAUGGCUGCAAUCCUCAAAUCAUGAGAAGGGCUGAUCCCAUGUCCAUCCAGAACCAUCCAUGCUCCAAGCCAGAAUAUUGGCAAGAUCGGGUUUUGCCUUGAGCUAUCCUGGGAUGUGGGACAGGCUGUCUCCAUAGAUGGGCUGCAGGGAGUGGGAGGCAAUGCUUCAGGAGAGAGGUGGGUGAAGGUUCCUGGGAUCUUAGGUAAAGACUGGAUGCCGCCAGCACUGGUCUCUACUAUGCUGGCUUCAGAAGGUUCUGGGAACUGGAAGGACUUCAACAGCCUCAACCUGAGGUCUGCACACUGCGCUUCCCCUUAAGGAAGGCAGCUCUGAGAGGCAGCAGGACUGGAUCCAAACACAGUCUCGUCCCGGAGGCAGCAGAAGUGGAGAUGGAGGGUCCAGGGAUGCGAGGAUCCCCCUUGCCAUCAGGGCCUGGCCUAACCACGCUCUCCUCUACUUACACACAUGCAUUUUAUAACAGCUCUGACCCAGCCCGGCCACUCUGCAGAGAUCGGGACAGCCAGGUGCAGGCAGUGGCCCUCCCACCCCCAGUCACCCACAAGGAAUUUUCAAAUCUUCCACUUUUAAAACAGAAACCGGUAAAUGCACCGUAUUGUAUAUUUUAUUUAAAUAAAAAAAAUUCCAGCAGAUGCUACCUUGUUCUAGGGGUCAGGGAUGGGGAUGGGGGUGAGAUCAGUGGGGAAUCCUGGAGUCUUGGGAGCUGGGCUGUGGAAGGCAGGGGGACACAUGUGGGCACUAGUGUACAUGCAAACCUGUGCCUGCAAGAGCAUGGGGCUGUGUUUUGUGCAUAGAAGUGUGCAUGGGAGAUGUGCCCGGCCUGGCUGUGGACACAGGUGUGCACAUGCUUAUGGACUGGUGGGAGUCAUUAAGCUGGGGGUUGAGAGUGAGUGAGCAUGCUAGUGGAAAGAGAAAUGCGUAAGUGGGGAAGGUGUGAGACCCUUCCCACCCCCCAAAGCCAAGGCUGGCUGAGGAGGAGGAGGGUGGUGAAUGAGCACCUGGGCUCCAUCCAGCUAGAUGCUGAAGAGGGGGAUGCCAUCUUAGCGUGACCAGAUAAGCUCUCAGAAGCGGGAACACAAGUGACCGGGUGGGGGUGGGGGUGGGGGGUGGGAGCACAGCUCUGGGUUCCUGUGUGGGUUGGUGGGGUCCUGAGGGCAGAGGUGGUAUUGGGGGCCUCUGGAAGGAGACAGGGCAGGGACUCUCCACUGCCGUGCUGUUCAAGGAGCUAGGUCUGGUCCCCGGGUGACCCCUUCCCCACUUCUGUCUACAGAGGGUUGCCUCAGGCCCUGGGACUUCACAGGAACGGGCAGAGGCCCCCUCCGGGGGCCAGCGGCGAGUGACUGCUGGAAAAGCCAAGUCCCCACAGCUCCUGGCGGCACAGGGAGUGCCGUCUCUCCCGCCCCAGAAGGGGAAAGUCCUCCGGAAAAGGGCAGGGAACCCAGCGGCUGUUCCCCAUCACAACUUGCCAGGGGAUGCUGUUUCCAUGGCAACUGGCCUGGGAGUCCCGCUGCUAAGGAGGAGGCUCAGCAGCCCCAGCAUCCCCAUGACAACUGCCCCCUGUGGCCAGGCAUCGGUGCUUCCUUGGGGACCCUGGGGGAGGCCCUGGGCUGCAGUCACCUCCCCUGCAUCUGAGUGGCUCUGGCCCAGCCUCCAGGGCUGUGGGGACAGGCCCCGCUGAGAGGAAGCCUGCGGGGGUGGGGCAUUCGCUUCAGGGCCCUCUGUCACUGUCUCCUCUGUUCCCUGAUGCAGGAGGGACACCUAGUAAGAACCUCCUGUGGGCUGGACCCUGGGUCAUUCCUCUGCUGUACUCCACCCAGCCACCCCAGAGGGCAGAAUUCCCCUCAGUUACAGUGAGCCAAAGGGAACCGGGAGCAGAGAGGUAGGAUCGCCAGCCCUGUCAGCUAGAAGGAGGGAGCAGGGCUGCACACCCAGAUGCUGGGGGCUCAAUGUGGUCCCUUCCCACUAGAGCCUUAGCAAGGGCUGGCGGUAGGAGCUGUCUGUCCCUGGUGCAGGCAACAAAGGGUGCGUUGACUGUAGAGAAUUUUAAAAAGACGGUAAAAGUGACUAAAUGUCAGUUUGCUUCCUCUGAUCACCAUGUACCAGCAAUCAGACAGUGUCAGUGAUAGAAUGCUCCCCGCACAGGGGCAGAAGGCUUCUCCACCCACUCUGAGAGCACCCUGUGCGUCAGCCCCAAGAGACACCUGCUGUGCUUGAGCUGCUGGUGCUGUGGAGAGGCGUGAAGGCACCUUUUCUCCCUAGUGGGCCUCAACCAGAUUGGGAUUUUAAAGAGACAAUUGAAAGAGAGGCUUAAGAUCCCUACCUGGACUCUACGUCUCUUCCCAGCCGCUACUCCUCACUUUUCCCACUGGAGAGCUGUGUCCCCUCCCUGUCCUCAUUUCCUCCUCCACCACAUGGCUCUGACAAUUUCUGACAAUUUCACUGGCCCACAUGGUGAAAUCCAGGGCCUCCUUCCCAGCCCGGGUCCUGCUCUCCUCUCAGCAGGGUGUGACACCCCCCCACCCCCUCUCAUUCUGACCAGGCCCUCCUCAGAGCAUGGGGCUCCAUCCUCUGCUCACUGCGUCACCUUUCUCAAGCUCAGCCUCAGCUUGAAGGUUGGUGCUCUUGGGCCUCUGGCCUUGGCCCCGCCCCCUCACCUCAUUCCAGAUGCACUUCCUGGGAUUAACCUCAUCCUGGCCCGUGGCUUCCCCAGCCUGGAGGCAAAAGCUUCCCAGAGUCCCCCUACCCCAGUUCAGGCCCCCGCACCCCUGUGCCUCAGCCUGGGCUGCUGAACACGGCCCUUUUAUUCUUUCUUGGCUUUGCAGUGGGAGGGACACCUAGUAAGAACCUUCUGUGCGCUGGGCCCUGGGUCUUUCCCCUGCUGCCCUCCACCCAGCCACCCCAGAGGGCAGAAUUCCCCUCAGUUACAGUGAACCAAAGGGAAUGGGACGCAGAGAGGAGUAGCGUGCCUUCUCCUCCACCUGCCCCCUUGUUGAUUUUGCUGCUUUAAUUUUCUUUCUCUUGAGGGUGGAAUAUUUCCUACAUACUGAAGAGAUACAUUAUGCAAAUCAGAUUCUGAAAAAUAAUGUCGGCCAGGCACAGUGGUUCAUGCUUGUAAUCCCACAACUUUGGGAGGCCGAGGGGGACAGAUCACAAGGCCAGGAGUUCCAGACCAGCCUGGCCAAUAUGGUGAAACAUAUUGGUGAAACCCCAUCUCUACUAAAAUUACAAAAAUCAGCCAGGCAUGGUGGUGCACACCUGUAAUCCCAGCUACUUGGGAAGCUGAGGCAGGAGAAUUGCUUGAACCUGGGAGGCAGGGUUGCAGUGAGCCAAGAUUGUGCCACUGCACUCCAGCCUGGGCAACAGAGCAAGACUGUCUCUAAUAAUUUCAACAGCCAUGUACCAAUCACUCAGUUUAAGGAACAUAAGGGAUGGAGCAUAAUGCUUUUGAAGACAUCUGUGCUGUUGCCCAAGUGUGUCCCUCUCCCUCCCUCCAAGGAAAACCUCUCACCUGAAUUUUAUCAUUACUUUCAUGGUAGUGUUUCUAUAGAAAUAAGUAACUCCAAGAAUGUAUUCAGUUGCAUACCAAGGUGGGGAGCGGAGAUUGGAAGUAGCUGCUUUCAUGGCAAGAAUUUUUUUCAGUAAUAUUGUCCAGAAUUGCUGAUUUAUGGUGAGAAUAAAAAUCAGAUUUUUAGUCAGUUUCUUUACAAACAAUGGGCCUUUUUAUUACCUGCUUUAGGGGUGGACCAUAUCCACCAUCUUCAUACACCACUGAAUAUAUUUGUAAUUUUAAAACUUUGCAUAGAUGGUAUGCUGCAUGCAUUCUUUAAUAAUUCAGUUUUUUAAAAUUCAAUGCUGUAAUCUUAAGAUCCUGUUAAUGCAUAGAAUUCAUCUUCAUUGCUGUAUAGCAUUCCAGUAUGUGAAUAGUCCACCAUUUACGUGUGUAUUCUUCUGAACAUAGACGUUUUAUCGUUCUUGUGAUUAACAGGACUGCUGAUACAAACAUUCUUGUUUGUGGAUCCUGAAAAAGAUGGGUAAGAGGAUCUCUAUAUCAAGGAGUGGAAUAACUGACUCAUGGAGUAAAUUAAUCUGCACUUUACAAGAUAAUGCCAAGCUGUUUUAAGUAGUUCUAACAAUUCCCACUCCCACCUGCAAAGUAUGAGAAUUACUCUUGCUUCACGUUCUUGCCAAUAAUUGAAAUCAUCGGCUUUCUUAUUUUCCCCAGUCUAGUCAUAUCUAAUUGUGUUUUAAUGUGCAAAUCCUCAGUUACCAGUAUGUUUGGAUAUUUGUUCAUAUAUUCAUUUGCCAUUUGUGUUUCUUCUGAGAAAUAUUUAUUCACACAUUUUCACCAA